GCCCCUGCAUUGCAUGUGGACCCUGUUGUGGCUGUUUUGAUCACAACUGGUGUGGCUGUGGAUGCAACGGUUGCUGCGGUGGUUGUGGCUGUGGCUGUGGUGGUUGUGGCUGUGGUUGUGGCUGUGGCUGUGGCUGCGGAUGCGGUUGUGGCGGUUGCUGUGGAGGAUGCUGUUGUUAGAUACUCAAAUUCUGUCCCUGCAUCUGCGGUGGUCCUUGCUGGGGUUGCUUCGAUCACAAUUGGCACGGGUGUGGUUGUAAUUGCGGCCUUGGUUGUGGUUGCGGUUGUGGAGGCUGCGGUGGCCUCGGAUUUGGUUUCGGCUACGGAGGAAACUUCGGUGGCUGUUGUGGAGGCGGUUGUGGUGGCCGUUGUGGCUGCGGCUGUGGAAGAUGCUGUUAAUUUAAAUAGCAAAUUUCCUUCUCUCACUCUAAUAAAUAUAGGAAUAUAG